AUGAAAAAAAACAAAACAAAUACAACCUUUGAAAAUAGUAAGCACAUCGAUAAUGAUAUAUUUGAAAAUAUUAACCCUUCUUUCAAAGAUUUAGUAUCCAUAAUAUGGAUUGAAAAAGAAAAAUUAGAUUCGAUCGUGUAUAUACCAUUAUAUGCAGAUCUAUUCAAAUAUUUUGAUGAUUUAAAUAAAAAUCCUAUAAAUCAGGGGAAUGACACCUCUAUAAUAUCCAAGGUGUAUCUAUUGUUUGACGAUAACAGUUGUAACAUAGCACUUGAUAUAUCGCCGAUAUGUGGAUACCGGAGCAAUCAUAUUCCUCUUCUAAUUUAUGAUCGUUAUUACUUCUGGAGUCUUCAUUUUUUAUUCGAAAAGUCUAAGGUAAAAAGACAGAGACUAAAUAUAAAUACACAAUUGGAAAUCCAAGAUUGUAUUAAUAAAUAUAAUGUAUAUGACGAAUUAGAUAUGUACACAUCCAUUUACAAUAGCGCUUAUAACAAAUAUGAAAAUACAAAAAACAGGCAGUUGAACGGCUAUGAAUUAAAUAAAAGAAAAAAUGAAAAUACUAAUAAGCAUGAUAGUAAAAAUGGUAAUAUGCUUAAUAACGAUCAAAUAAAAUAUUCAUAUUUAAAUGGAUUAAAAAAUAAUUCAAAUUCUAUUAAUGAAGUAAAAUGGUAUCGCUUAAAAAUAAAAAUAGAAGAGGCGGGAAAAAAAAAUAAAAAUCAAUGUUUUUCUUAUAGUACUAAUAAUAUUAAAAAUAAAAAUGCUGAUAAAUGUAACCAAAAAAAGUCCAGUAACAUUAAUAACUUUUCUUGUCUUACUAAUGAAAAGGAAUAUGCCAAUUUGAACAAGCUCCUCAAAAUGCAAAAUAAAAAAACAAUUCUUAAUCAAAAUAAAGUAAAAACUGAAGAUACAAAAAAUAAAAGUAAAAUCAUUAAUAAUAAUAGUUGUAAUACUCAAAAAAAUGAAAAAAAUGGGAAUGAAGAAAAACCAAUUGUCAUUAGUGACACAGAUAAUAAUAUUCCUACUAAUAAUAAUGCAAAAAGGAAGAAAAGGAAAACAUGGUAUUAUUGCCAUAGUAGUAGUAACGAUAUGACUGAUGAUGAUGGAAAAGAAGAUUCCAUAGUUGAUAGCCACGAAAUUUACAUUGAAAAUUACACUGAAGGGAAUACAGGUGUAAAAGAUGGAGAAUAUAAUGAAUACUUUGAAACUGAUAAUCAUUGCCGAGAAAAUAAUUUCAAUCAUUCUCAUGGUGGCCAAUCCCAAAAUAGUAUAUAUGAUGAAAAUAACACAAUAGACAAGUUAGAAUGUAAGGAUGCAGAAAAAGAAAUAGAUAAUAAAAAUUCUAAUAAUAAUAGUUCAACAAAAUUGGAAGGAAUGAAAAAUCAUUGUAUCAAUAUGGAAGAUACUCCCAUCGGAAAUGAUACCGAAAUAAAAAAAGAAAAUGAACAAAAUUUAAACGAAAAUACAAAAUUUAUUUUAGAAUCAUCCAAAUUAUAUAAAUUAGAAAAUUAUGAAUAUGUAAAUUGUUUUAAAAAUAUGUUUUAUAAUAAUUUAGAAGACCAAGAAAAUCAAAUUAACCACCAUAUAUUUAAAAAAAAUAAAUUCGGUAAAGAUUGUAUAGAUUUAUAUAUAAAUAAAAUACUAAAAAAUAUUUUGGACAAAAAGAAGCCACAUUUAAAUUCUUUAUCUAAAAGCUUCGAGCGAAUUGAAACUUUUUAUAAAAAAAAUUAUAAAAUAUUUAUAAUCGAUGAUGAAGAUUUUUACACAUGUGAUAAAAAAGAACAUUUUAAAAACCAAAAUUAUUUAUACGAAUUAUCAGAACAAAAAAUUAAAAAUGAUGUUCAAAAUUUUGAAGAUGAUGACAUUUUUAAUUACUUUAAAAAAUAUAUACCAUCAGAAUACGAUGUCCAAAAAUUAACUUCUAAACCUCAAGACAGCUGUCAUACAUUUCAGAAUGAAUGCAUUACCACAGAAAAUGUUGAUAUAGAAGGGCAAUCCUAUUCGAAUUCCAAAGAGGGAAUUGCUACUAAAGAGAAAUGUGGAACGGAAGGAAAUGCUUUAUCAAAAGAAGGCACAACAGAGACAACGCACAUACCCCAAAAUAUCCUCUCUACGGAAUUCAACAAAGAUUGCAACGAUCAGAACCUGAAACUAGAAGACAUAUCUGAAAACACAGAAAUAGUUACAGAUGGAGAUAUUAUAUUUGUUUUUAUUAGCAAAAAAGAUAAAUGCUUAGAAAAAAAGCUAAAGCAAGGAGAUUAUAUAUAUGUUAAAUUUAAUGACGCAUGCUAUAGUUAUGAUAAGGUAAAGAUAUUACCGAAAAAAAUUAUCAUACAAAUUUUAAUUUAUUUGAUAAAAAAUACUGAAAAUAUAAAAUUAACAACUAUUUCUACCUAUUCUCCUGAUCUCUUGUGGAACAUAUCUUUGCAUUUUAGAGAAUAUAUCACUGACCUAGAUAUGUGUUUUGAAAAAUUAUAUAAAUUUUUUUCUGAAAAAAGAGAACAAGAAAAUGAAAAUGAUGGCAAGCAAGAAGUAAAACAAAGAUUUGCAGACUUUUCUGAUUCCUUUGUUCCUUAUUACGGAAAGUCACAAAAUAAAAAACAAGAUAUCGAAAUUAUGAAAUUAAAAGAUAGUGUAAAUUUUAUUGAUAAAUUUCUUCAAAAUGUAAAUAGCAAGAAAAUCGAAAAAUUAAAAAAAGCCAGGAUAGAAUAUUAUGGAAAAUAUGAAUAUGAUAGAACUAUAAACAAAUUAAAUAAACAGCAGCUUAUUAAUCUAUUCAUUGAUAAAGAAACUGAAAUUAACAUGAUUCCAUUAUCUUACUUAAAAGAAAAAAGUAGAAAUAUUAUAUAUGAAGAAAAUCUUAAAAUGAAUAUGUUUGCAUGUAUAAAAGUUAUUUUUGACUCUACAAAAGGUAGAUGCAUAUAUGCAGAUGCGCAAAUUAAUAAAUUUGAUUUUGUUUUUGAAUAUGUUGGUGAAUUGUUAACACAUAAUGAAGCAAUAGAACGAGAGCAAACAUAUAUUAAAAAUAAAAAAAAAGGUUGUUACAUGUUUUAUUUUAAACAUGAAAAUAAAAGAUAUUGCAUAGAUGGAACUGAAGAAAGUAUAGACGCGGCUAUUAAUUAUGCUAAUAAAAAAUAUUUCUUGAGAUCUUUUGCUAGAUUAGUAAAUCACUCAAAAAAAAAUUCAAAUUUAAUUCCUAAAGUAUUAACCGUUGAUUUAGUCCCCAGACUUUUUUUCAUCGCCUCUAGAGACAUACAAAAAGGAGAGGAAUUGCUAAUCGAUUAUGGUGAAAGAGAUCGAGAAAUAAUUAAAGAUAAUGAAUGGCUCAAACUAUGA